AUGGCUCAUACAGGUGGAGAUUCAUUUGUCAAGGACUCAGUGAUUACUGAUGAUAAUGAAACAAUGAUUGUUGGUGAUGAUCGACGAGUUAUUGUUGAUAAUAAUGAUCCUACAAUCAUUCGAAGCAAAAAUAAAGUACUUAUUCCUAUAAACAAUGAACCUUUUCUUGUUGAUUUUAGUUAUUUUCAAUCAAAUAAGGGAAAUAAAAAUCGAAUUUUUUGUUCAAAUAAAGGAAAUAAACAAUAA